AUGGCCGAUCUCCGAAUUCUGCUCAUUGGCAAUGGCGGUCGUGAACACGCCCUGGCUUGGAAGCUCAGCCAGUCCUCACGUGUCGCCUCGAUCCUAGCUGUCCCCGGAAACGGGGGAACAGCCACGUGCCCCAAGACGACCAAUGUUACGUCGGUUUCUGCGAGCGACUUUGAGGGUCUUGUCAAGUUUGCGAGAGACAACGACAUCAAUCUCGCUGUACCAGGACCCGAGGCUCCCCUUGUGGAUGGGGUUGAGCAAUAUUUUCGCCUCGCUGGCAUCCCUUGCUUUGGACCUACGAAAGAGGCUGCUCGACUAGAGGGAAGCAAAACAUACUCGAAAGAUUUCAUGAGGAAAUACAACAUACCCACGGCCGCAUAUCAGAACUUCUCCGACUACAACGCAGCAGCUCGGUACAUUGACGAGGUGGACCAUGAUGUGGUUAUCAAAGCGACGGGGCUGGCCGCCGGCAAGGGCGUAAUAUUACCAUCGACCAAGGCUGAAGCGAAGGCUGCGCUUAAAGAGAUCAUGGUUGACAAGGCUUUUGGAGCCGCUGGGUCCGAGGUUGUUGUGGAAGAACUUCUCCACGGCGACGAGCUUAGUGUUUUGACAUUUUGCGAUGGCUACACUUUCCGCUCUUUACCCAUGGCACAAGAUCACAAGCGUAUCUACGACGGUGAUGAGGGUCCCAACACGGGCGGAAUGGGCUGCUAUGCGCCCACGAACAUUUCAUCUCAGGAUUUGAUUGAGCGCGUCGAUCGAGAAAUUCUACUUCCCACGUUUCGAGGCAUGCGACUGGAGAAGCAGGCUUUCAAGGGUGUCUUGUUCACUGGGUUGAUGAUCACCGCAGACGGACCCAAGGUGCUCGAAUACAACGUGCGCUUCGGUGAUCCUGAAACGCAGACCGUUCUUCCACUUUUGUCAGUGGACACGGACCUUGCAGAGAUCAUGUUGGCAUGUACGAAUUCUUCACUGGAGGCGAUUGCGAUCAACGUUGUGGACAAGUUCAGCGCAACCGUUGUGCUGGCUGCAGGCGGCUACCCGGGGCCCUACGCCCAGGGUAGUUUAAUGACUGUGCGAGAACCGCCCAACGGUAGCACCAUCUUCCACGCUGGGACGAAGCUGGAUCUGGAAGAUGGCCAGCUCAAAACUGCUGGUGGUCGCGUCAUUGCAUUGAACACUGUGGGCAGCUCUCUGCGAGCGGCUGUUGAUGCCUCAUACACCGCUCUGUCCUCUAAUGUCAUUGACUUCGAAGGCAAGUUUUAUCGAAGAGACAUCGCCCACCGCGCGUUUCGCGUCUCUCAAGGAUCUUCGAUGACGUACGCGCAAGCUGGUGUUGACAUCCAGGCUGGCAAUGACUUUGUUGAUAAGAUCAAGAAAGCUGUUGCUAGUACGGCACGCCCUGGCGCGGAUGCUGAAAUCGGCGGCUUUGGAGGCGAGGUGGAUCUUUCCAAAGCGGGAUUCCCCGGUGCUCCCAUCAUCGUCGGUGCUAUCGAUGGUGUUGGUACAAAGCUCAAAGUUGCAUUGGCAAUGGGAAAGCACGACACCGUUGGCAUCGAUUUGGUAGCAAUGAACGUCAACGAUUUGGUUGUUCAAGGCGCCACCCCUCUCAUGUUUCUCGACUACUACGGCUGCAGUAAACUGGACCUCGCCAUUGCCUCUGCCUUUGUCGAAGGCGUAGCAGAAGGAUGCCGUCAAGCUGGCUGCGCUCUUGUUGGUGGCGAAACGGCCGAAAUGCCCGGCAUGUACACCGGCGGAGAGUACGAUGCCGCCGGAUGCGCCAUAGGCACGGUGCCACACGAUAUCAAACUUCCGCUAUUGGAUCAGAUGAGAGAGGGGGAUGUUUUGAUAGGACUCGCAUCUUCUGGCGUUCACUCGAAUGGGUAUUCCCUUGUGCGCCGGAUUGUCUCUGCUGCCGGUCUGGACUAUUUGUCUACAGCGCCUUGGGACAGUGCAACCACUGUUGGGGAAUCACUACUUACGCCCACACGCAUCUAUGUCAAAGCUCUUCUUCCUAUUCUGCAGCACAUCAAAGGCCUAGCACAUAUAACUGGGGGAGGUUUAGUUGAGAAUGUGCCAAGGAUGCUGCCCUCUCAUCUGGCGGCUUCGAUCGACUUUGGUUGGGACAUGCCUCCCGUGUUCAAGUGGUUGAAGCAGGCUGGCAACGUGACCCCGUCGGAGAUGGUCCGCACAUUCAACUCUGGCAUUGGCAUGGUAGUUGCCCUCGAUGCUGCGGAAGUUGACGCCGUUGCGGCAUCGUUGAGCAAGUCAGGAGAGAAAGUGUUCCAUCUUGGGCGGCUGAUUCGUCGCGAAGGGUCAGAAGGUUGUGUUGUCGACAAAUUGUCUUCGUGGACAGAUUAA